AUGACUUCAACAAAAACACCGUUAUCGAAAGCUGCACUUCAAGAUUUAGUAUCAUCGAAUGGUACAUCGAUUUCAUUGCAGGCUUCAACAUCAACGGAGUGCCCCUUAAUUCGAAAACGUAUCACUGAAGCAUGCGUAGAGUUUUGUGCGGUUGAUGGACGUCCAUUUGAAAGUGUAGCCGGAACCGGUUUCAUAAAUUUAGCAAAACAAUUAAUAAGUGCUGGUGCUAUUCUUGGGACUUCUAUUAAUGUUAAUGAAUUAUUACCUAAUCCAAGUACCAUUAGUCGUAACGUAGAACCUUUUUAUUUAAAUUUGAAGCAACAACUUAUUUCUUUAUGUGGAUUAAUCAAUCAUUAUUGUAUCACGUGUGACUUUUGGACGGAAAAGUCAACAGGCAUUCAUUAUGGUGGUUUGAGUUUACAUUAUAUUGAUUCCCAAGGGCAACUUCGUUUAUUUACAUUGUCAUGCCAAGGUUUUGAUUACGAAACACAACAUGCCGUUAAUAUACGUUCAUUUGUAGAUAAAGUGUUACAUGAAUUUGAUCUUUGUUUAAAUGAUAACGUUUUUGUCGUCACCGAUAACGAAAAUAAAAUGAAGAGUGCCUUUAAAGAUAAUGUUAAACGCAUAGGAUGCAGUGCACAUUAUGUGAAUAAGAUUCUUCAACAUGCUUUCACAUACGAUUAUAUACAAUGUGAUGAUGCUCAAUCAUUAUUUAAAACAGUAAGAUCUAUAGUUACUAAAGUACGUCAAUGUCACAAGCAAUCUACUUUAUCAAGUUAUUUACAGAACUAUAGUGAUACACGUUUUAGUGGUAUCUAUAUAAUGCUCGAUUCUUUUUUGAAAGUGUAUUUUGAACUUGCAACAAUCCUAAAUGAUGAACAAAAAAUGAAUUAUUUGAGAAUAGAUCGGGAUGAUCUAGAAUCAUUAUGUUUGUACUUAAAAAAAUUUUGUGAUGUUAUUGAAAAACUAAGUUGUGAAAAAUCACCAACUUUACAUUUAGUUAUCCCGUACAAACAGGCUUUGAUUAAUUGGUCAUAUGUUACUGAUGAUGAUAAUCUGUCAAUUUUACCUGUGAAAAGAUACAUUGGAAAAGAAUUAGAAGAUUAUUGGGUUGUUGCAGAUGUUCAUUAUAUAGCAACCAUGUUACAUCCAAAUCUUAAAAGUUUUAAUCAUACACCACAUAAAAAAUGUCAUGCAGAGGCAUUAUUGAAAUUAGAAUUUGAUAAAUAUCAACAAUUAGAACAACAACGAUCAUCAUCAAAUAAUAAUAAUAAUAUUAAUUAUAAUAGAAGAACACAAGUUCAACAGAGAAAUAAAACACAAUUAUCAGCUUCAUUAGAUGAUAUAUUUGAUUUACCAACGUCCGCUGAUGAAUUACACGAUGAUAAAGACUCAAAAACAGAAUAUGAUAGAUACAUAGAAGAUAAAAAAAAAAUUGACAAGGACAUGAAUGUUUUAGUAUAUUGGAACGAUAAUAAAUUAGUCUACCCUACAUUGGCUACAAUAGCUCAACGUGUACUAUGCAUUCCAUCAACUAAUACAUCUGUAGAACGUCUGUUUUCUGAUAGUGGUAAUACAAUAACAAGUCUUCGUACACGUUUGCAAACGAGUAAAGUGAAUCAAUUGUUAUUUGUACGUCGAAAUUUAUCAACGUUAAGAGAAAUAUUUCCGCCGACGAUCGAACAAUUACGAAAAAGAACAAAUAGCUCCACAUGCAGAACAGGCAUGAAAAAAUUAAAAACCUCGAAAGAAGAAGAUGAUAGUAUUACUGUUUUGGAAGAUAGUCUUCAUGAUCGUACUUUCGAUGAUGAUCAUGAUGAUGAUGAUAAAGAAAAUGAUGGAUGUAAUGAUGUAUGA